AUGGAAAGUUUAAAACAAGAAUCUUCUUUAUUGCCACCAGAAGCAUCAUCUUCAUGUACAGCAUCUUCGACGUCAACAUCAACACUGUUAUCGUCAAUUUCAUCACCUAGACGAAAAAUUGGCAACCCUAAAAAAAGGACAACUGGUAAUCUUAUGGAUUUAAUAUCAAAAUCUUCUGCAUAUAAAAGUGAUCCACCAACCAUAAUUUUACCAGAUUUUUUUUAUUUGGGUGACUCAAAAACUGCUUGUUGGUUACCACAUUUUGUCAAUUGGAAUAUCACACAUGUCAUCAAUUUAUCAGGUUGUUCAAAUUUUUGGGAAACUAAAGAUAAGAUUGACUAUGAAAUCUCAAAUCUUGAAUUUGAUGAUGAAAUGACUAAAGAUUUAGAUGAAUUUAAGGAAGAAGUUGUUGGCAAAGAUAUUAAUAAUAAACCACUUUUUUUUGUUAAUAAUGGUGAUAAUACCAGUAUUUCUAAAUUUGCACAAAACAAUCAAGUAGAUGAUCCAAAAUCAAAUAUAUCAAAAUACUUUAAUCAAUGUAUUGAAUUUAUCGAGAAAGCAAAAGAAUCAAAUGGCCGUGUUUAUGUUCAUUGUUAUGCUGGUAUUAGUAGAUCAACAACAGUGGUGAUUGCUUAUUUGAUGUAUUCAUGUAGAUUUUCAUUAAAAAAAGCUUUGAAUUUAGUUAGGGAAAAACAUAAAAUUGUUAGACCAAAUUCAGGAUUCAUUAGACAAUUAGAAAAAUUUGAAAAGGAGAUUUCAUUAAAAGAUUAA